AUGCAAAGUGCUUCUAAAAGUAUCCGAGUCAAUCGGGUUGAAUCGACAUCUCCGUAUCAGCAACGGUUACUAGCGAAGGUAAAGGCACUUGAGAAACAGGUAGCUAAGCUCCAGGACGUGAUCGAGACGAUGACUUUAGAGAAAGAGACUGUUGAGAUGGAUAUGGAAAUCGCGAAGGAGCAUGCUGAGAAAUUGCAGCAAGAGGUGGAAAAGCUUACAGCUGCAAUGGCGCUAUCAGCGGGUACAGGGCGUGAUUGUUCGGAAGGAUCGUUAGCGGAGAUAGAAGAACUGACGGCGAAGAAAAACAAGCUGGAAAGCGAAGCAGAGGAACUGAAAGAAAUGCUGGACAUUGCAAAUGCAUACAAGACAAUGGUAGAAGAUCUUACCGAGAAAAAAAUCUAA